UGCGCGUACUGUACAAUUGGGAGUAGACACUGUUGCGGAGGGUACUUUUAGUCAUUGAGAAAGGACACCAAAUAGUUUGAACGUACAGACGUAAAAAUUAAUUGUGGAGUAAUUUGCAGUUCAACACGUUUGAUGAGCCUGCGAGAGAGAGAGAGAGAGAGAGAGAGAGAGAGAGAGAGAGAGAGAGCGAGAGAGAGAGUGAGCGAGCGAGAGAGAGAGAGGGCAGAUGCGUGAGUGUGUGUGAGUGAGCGAGGCGCUCAGUUUGGAAAAGCUCACACAACAGCACAAAGCUGGCGCGCGGGACAAGGGGGAACACAAGGGGAUUAUGCCGAAAAGUGCCUGAGUUUGUCCCACGGACCUACAACGGAUCAGAAUGGGAAACACUGACAGCCAGUACAGCAGCUUUAUGGCUCCGGGGAAACCGAAAUCCUGCACUCUAAAGUUCCACUCCAGGAAAGAGGAGGUGCAGUCCCCCCACUGCUGGUGGAGGGGGAGUGAGGCGGGCUCGGGGUACAAGUCUAGAGGGGCGGGGAGGGGCUACCUGCCCCAGCACAAGAACGGCCAGCCUUACGGCCCUCGCCACUACGAGCACCUCGCCAAGGGAGUGGGGAAGGGGGUCCCCUGCGGUAAGCCGCGACCCAGUUCCCCGCUGACGUACGGCCAGGGCGACGCGUCGCGAGCCGACGGCCAUCGCUACGGUUACCUGGAGAGCAGCGGCGAGAGCGUCGGGGCGAGCGCCGGCGGGCGCCGGAGCCCGGCGGGGCGCGGGGCGUCCCUGCGCGAGCCCCCGGAGAGCCGCGGCAGCCCCAAGGUGCUGCUCAGCAAGGACGGCAGCAUGCGCGUGGAGUUCACCAACGCCAGGAGGGUCCCCGCGGAGAGCCAGCCCCUGUCGGGCCACCCCUCGGCCACGCAGGAGCCCUCCCUCCGGACCAGCAAGGGCAGCUCGCUCAGCUCCGAGGGCUCGUGGUACGACUCGCCGUGGGGAAACGCGGCCGAACUCGCGGACAACGUGUUCGCCUGCGCUCCGCCCGCGGACCCCGGCGGCGGCUACGCCACCUACUCCUCCAUCCGGACGGAGGAGACGGGCUGCGGCUACACCAGCAGCAGCGGUUACAACACCUUCUCCUCGGCACGCACUGAUGACAUCUCCCCGGGCUUCAACACCAGCCUGCUGUUCCAGACCGAGGAUGGCACCAGCCAGUACGCAAACACCGGCUACAACAGCAACGGCUACAACACCUGCUCCUCCGGCCGCACUGAGGACAGUGGCAUAGGGGACUCGGUGAUCCUCCACCCAGACCAGAGGGACUUCAGCCUGGGCUCGCCUCCCGUGUCCCUGGCUGACCUGUACGGCACGCCCAGCAUGGCUGCCCCCUUCCCCACAGCCCGCUUCCAGGACGUCCCCCAGCACCGGGCCUCGCUGGCCUCGGUGCUGGACGCCGUCAUCCAGGAGGAGGGCCCGGACGAGCAGCGCUACUCCUCACACACGUUGCCUUGCCGCAAGGCCGGGCCCGUCGCCGCCACCGCCGCCGGCGGCAACAGCAGGAAGGACUCCCUCAAGAGUCGAAUCAGACGGCUGAGUGACUGGACAGGAAGUCUGAGCAGGAAGAAGAGAAGACUACAGGAGCCGUGUGGUGGGGAUAUCAGUGCGGUCUUCUGUGGCCCCUCGGACCCUGGCUCGGCUGAGCCAAGCUCCCAGGUGACCUGUCCCUCAUGGAACCCCCUACACACCCAGAACCAGGCCUUCUCCACCUGCUCUGGAUCCAUCCGCUUUCCUCCGGGCCAGCAGAACCCCAACGACGCCCUGAGGCAGAACAUCUAUGAGAACUUCAUGCAGGAACUGGAGACGGGCGGCGGCGGCGGCGGCAGUGGGCCGGAGCGCCCCGAGCCCUCCGAGGAGGAGGGAGACGGGGAGGAGGGAGGCGGGGAGGCCGGGAGCAGCAGUGGAGGCUCCCUGGGUUCUCUGGAGCAGCUGGACCUGCUGUUUGAGAAGGAGCAGGGCGUGGUGCGCAGGGCGGGCUGGCUCUCCUUCAAGCCCCUCCUCACCAUGCACAAGGACCGCAAGCUGGAGAUGGUGGCCAGACGCAAGUGGAGGCAGUACUGGGUCACACUCAAAGGCUGCACCCUCCUGUUCUAUGAGACCUAUGGGAAGAGUGGUCCCGAGCAGGAGCUGUCCCCGCGCUAUGCCCUGCUGGCCGAGGACAGCGUCGUCCAGGCCAUCCCCGAGCACCCCAAGAAGGAGAACGUCUUCUGCCUUAGCAACGCCUACGGAGACGUCUACCUGUUCCAGGCCGCCAGUCAAACCGACCUGGAGAACUGGGUGACGGCCAUCCACUCUGCCAGCGCCUCCCUCCUAGCCAAGCGGCAGGGCAAGGAGGACACGGUGCGUCUGCUGCGCAGCCAGACCCGCGCCCUGCUCCAGAAGAUCGACAUGGACGGGAAGAUGAAGAAAAUGGCCGAGCUGCAGCUGUCGGUCAUCAGCGACCAGAGGAACAGGAAGGCCAUUGAGAGCCAGAUCCUGCAGUGGGAGCAGAACCUGGAGAAGUUCAACAUGGACCUGUUCCGUGUACGCUGUUACCUGGCCAGCCUGCAGGGCAGUGAGCUGCCUAACCCCAAGAGUCUCCUGGCCGUGGCCGGCCGGCCCUCCAAGAUGACCCUGGGCCGGCUGGGCAUCUUCUCAGUGUCCUCCUUCCACGCCCUGAUCUGCACGCGUGACGACGCGACCCUGCGGAGGCGUUGUCGGUCUCUCUCCCGGGGGAUGCGCAACAAGAGGGGGCUCUUCUCCUCCCUGAAGGGCCUGGACAGCCUGACCAAACACAGCCGGGAGAAGAGGCAGUCUGCGUCCCAGAUCUUCGAAGGCCAGAGUUUCGGGCUGCGAGGCCCCGCCCCCAGCAUGUGCAGCUCGGAGAGGUUGGACAUGCCUUCCAAAACACAGCCAGCAGCACCCUCUGAAGGCCUUCCGUGGUACUGCGCCUUAGAACCUCCAGUCUGUGUGAACAUGCCCGACAACCAAGCUGUUACGCUGUCCCUAACGCCAGACCUGCUCGUAUCAGACGUGCUGUCUUUGGCAUGUAAGGAGAGGCAGCUGGACCCCAGCCUGCACUGCCUGCGUGUGAGGAGGCGACCAGGCCAGGACUGGGACAUCAGCACCCCAGCCCCCAGUGACCCGCUCAGAAACCUGGUGUAUGAGGAGCUGGAGGUGUUCCCUCUCAACGUGUUCUCCAUACGGCUGUCUCGCCCUCACAGCGCUGUGGACUUUGGGUUCGCUGUCACCGGCCACGUGGACGGACUGAGGAAGAGCCACGUGUACGUGAGCGAGGUGAGCCCAGCCGGGCUGGCCGUCACUGAAGGGCUGCGGGCCGGGGAUGAGAUCCUGGUUCACGGGGCCAGCGUGUCCACGCUGGACCUGGGCCUGAUGCAGGUGUUCUUCAGCCACCUGAGCCUCCAGCUGCUCCUCAGACGUGAGGAGACCAGCUCCCAGGACCUCAGCUCCGCCUGGCCGGACUGUGACGUCGGCGAGCCCUGUGCACCUGCACCCCCGCCCCCCCUCAGCCACCCCGCUCCCUGGCCCGCAGAAAUGACGCUGGUCGCCCAGGAGGUUCCAGAAAGUUCCGUCGCGUCUGCCGUUGACGACACGUCACCGCCCCCACGGCCCAUUGAUGACACAGAGCAGCUUGCACAGAACGUGGAGACGGUGUGCUCGCUCUACCACACCUUCCCAGAGGGCUGUGGGGUGGUGGUGGACGGCCAGAGGAACCCCUACUCAGUCGAGAACGGCCUGCAGCGGCCCUGCCCACGCCACAUGUCCGUCUCCGAGAGGCUGUGCAAGGUCAUCCAGGAGCUGGUGGACACUGAGAAGUCCUACGUGAAGGAUCUGGGCUGUCUGUUCAACAUCUACCUGACCCCGUUGCAGAAUGAGACCUUCCUCAGCCAGGACGAGAUGGAGUCUCUGUUUGGCAGCCUCCCUGAGAUGCUGGACUUCCAGAAGGUGUUCCUCCACACCCUGGAGGAACGGGUCGCCUCCUCGCCCAACUUCAGCUCCCUGGAAACCCCUGAGCAGUUUAAGAAGCUACUCUUCUCGCUGGGCGGGUCCUUCCUCUACUACGCUGACCACUUUAAGCUUUACAGUGGCUUCUGUGCCAAUCACAUCAAGGUCCAGAAAGUUCUAGAACGAGCAAAAACAGACAGAGCUUUCAAGGAGUUCUUGGAAGCGAGGAACCCCACCAAGCAGCACUCGUCCACCCUGGAGUCCUACCUCAUUAAGCCGGUCCAGAGGGUGCUGAAGUACCCCCUGCUGCUGCGGGAGCUGGUGUCCCUCACCGCCUCGGAGAGCGAGGAGCACAGCCACCUCACGGAGGCCCUGAAGGCCAUGGAGAAGGUGGCCAGCCACAUCAACGAGAUGCAGAAGAUCUACGAGGACUAUGGCACCGUGUUUGACCAGCUGGUGGCGCAGCAGAGUGGUCCAGAGAAAGAGGUAACGGAGAUCUCCAUGGGGGAGUUCCUCAUCCACUCCUCCCUGGUGUGGCUCAACCCUCUCCCAUCCCUGGGCCGCAUGAGGAAGGACCCCGAGCUCACACUCUUUGUGUUCAAGAGAGCAGUGAUCUUGGUCUACCGGGACAACAGCAAGAUGAAGAAGAGGAUGACUACCUCACGUUCAGGCGACCUGGACCCCUUCAAGUUCCGCUGGCUCAUCCCUGUGUCGGCUGUACAGGUCCGCCUGGGGAACGCAGCGGGCACAGAGAACCCUUGUGUCUGGGAGCUGGUACAUACCAAAUCUCAGGUGGAGGGGAGGCCAGAGACCGUGUUUCAGCUCUGCAGCAGUGGCUUGGAGAGCAAGGCUAGUGUGUUGAAGGCCCUGCGCUCCCUGGUCAGAGACGGGUCCACCAGGAGAGGGGUCCUGCCAGAGAGGACCCCCAGAGAACACCUGGGCUCCCUGCGGAGGAACCAGCCUCCAGCGGCCCGAGCCGGUUCCCUGAGGAGGAGACCGCAGCGUUAUACGGAGGCCCAGAAAGCCAGCCACACCCACUCCGACGAGGGCAGUGUGUCCAGCGGCUCCCACCCCGGAGACACCCGCUCUGAGCCCCAGCUGCCCAGCCGCCCCACAGACCUCCCCAGCCUGGAGAGCAACACGCUGGGCAAGAGAGCCAGGCUCUGCUCCUUGACCAGCGCCCUAGAGGCCCAGCUCCAGAGACUCAACUUCACAGAGGAGGCUGUGCAGGACACAGGGUCCCAGCAGGGGGAUACGCUUCGGCAAGAGUGCCCCCAGCCCCACCAUGCCCAGAGGAGGGCCCCAGACGAGCCUCAGUGUGUGGACUUCAACAGCAUUAUGGGGAGGGACUUUAGUGUGCAGAGCCUGGCUUCGGUGGUCAACGAGGAUUGCUUCUACGACACCAUCAUGGGGAUCCAGAAGGCUGCCAUCCCCACACUAUAGGGACACUGAACACUAUAGGGACACUGAACACUAUAGGAACACUGAACACUAUAGGGACACUGAACACUAUAGGAACACUGAACACUAUAGGAACACUGAACACUAUAGGAACACUGAACACUAUAGGGACACUGAACACUAUAGGCGUUAACCGUGUUUAUACCUGGCAACCUUAUCAGACUGAUUAGGUUAUAGACGGAUCACAGUGCUUUGUAUUAAAUCCAGUUCCACAUCGUCGAACAUGGAUGCUCCCUGGCCAAUCUUGGCCAAGCUAGACUCUAAGCUCUGAACACAGUUGCCUAUGAUCAACAACAUUCCUUUUGUAAAUUCCUGAUUCACACGAGGAUGACAGUGUAAAUAUGACGCUCUGUACACUCUGCCAGUUUCUAAAGCUUUUUUAUGGUCUGUUGCUUUUUUGACAAAAGCAGUUGUUAGUUCAAUACUGGAAUUGCUUGAUUGAAAAUAAAAACGGUAUUUCUAGUGCUGAAUUCUAUUUAUGUAGAUGUUUCUUUUAUGUUGUGUUCAUUUCCCUGUAUCGACCAACUACACAGACAUGUAGCAUGUAACCUAUUUAAUAGAACACAUUAACUUAAAAAAGACCCUUGAAAGCUAUUUCGCAUUUGAAGCAAUUUGAUGUAUCACUUAAAAUAUUAUUGUUAAAAUAAUAUCUGGCUGAACUGUAAUUUAUUUUCUAAUAAUGUGUAUAUCCUUUUCAUAAAUGUCAUGCUGUACAGAUACGGUAAUAUGCUGUAAUAUUUAAUUAAACCCUUUUACAUAUUGUCUUG